ACAUAGUUUUAUAAUAUCGAUUAUAAAUAAUCGAUUAUUUUCGUCAAUAAUAUAACCCCACUUUUUAGUUAUGAAUAUGAUCACUACGAUUAAUGUAUCUAUGAAAACAAAUUAUGGGUAUAUAAAUAUCGAGUAUGCAUAUUAAAUGAUAAAGUGACUAGUGACUAGUAUAAAUCAUUCGAUUUAUUUUUUUUAAAUAGUAUUACACUUUAUUGUUUAGCUGAAUCUACUUUUCAUUUGUCCUGAAAAUGGAGGUUUCUGAAGUAAACUCGGAUAUAACAGAAACUCUGAAAUCAUUGAAAUGCGUAAUCUGUGGUCUCACAUUAUCAAUUCCACCAAUCAUGACUGUUUCUGACAAGGAAUAUCAAUGCGGAAGAUGUAAGGAUAUUAAAUACGCGGAUGGAGCUCGGAGAAACUUAAUCUUCGAGAGGGUAGCAAAAUUCUUGAAUUUUCCAUGCGUUUAUCCAAAUUGUAACGCAUUAAUUUCUUGGAAGGACGUAGAAAAUCACGAAAAAUAUUGUCAAUUUAAAACGAUAACAUGUCCAAUGUUUCAAGAAGGGUGCAGUGAACAAAUAAUUCUAUCUGAUAUAACUUCACAUUUGGUACAAAGACAUGGCAAUAAUAUAUAUUUCGAUAAUAUUGUCAUACCUGUUCAAAUGUUUAAACAUUAUGUUUGUGUUAUUUCUGUAAAUUCUUGUUUGUUUUUCGUAUAUCUUUGUAGUGAUAAAGUGAUUGUAACUUCGGUUAAAUCUAGUGAACAGACGUUAUACUAUACACUUAAAUUGCAGAAUAGUAAUGAAAAUUCGCCUAUAAUAACAUUCAAAAAACAACCAAUUGAAGAAUUUAAUGAAAGAAAACAUUGCUUCAGAUGUAUUGACAACCGAUGUGAUUUAAAACAUCAUCCGUAUUCUUUGGCCUAUCAAUCAAUUGGCGUAAAAGCAUUUUCUUCUUGCAUAACAAAUCCAAUUAGCAAAGAUUUUUCAUUUAAUCAGUCAAUGUUGUCUACGUCUCUUGCAACGACUAUGCCCUCUCCCUUAUUCGCAACCAAUAUUCUAAAAUCAAAUAGUAGUUCUAAUCAAACUCAAUACUCAUCUACUUGGUCGUCUCCUAGUUUCAUAGAACAAGUCAAUAAUUCCCCUAUUUUUCAACACGCGAAAGAAAGUGAAACCAAACAGACACAGGCAACUACAAAUAGUGGAUAUCAACCAAAUGUGUGUACAAAUGAACGAAAAAUAAAAAAAGCUAUAAAGAAUCUUGUACCUUCAACAACAUUUUUCAAUUCAAAUGGUCUGAAUAAACCCAUAUUUUCAAACUCUACAGAGUAUUUGAAAACUUCUACCAAUACGAAUUGUAAAUCCUCUGAUGAAAAGUCUACUACUACCAGUAUUAGUUCAUCAAGUUCUAGUUCUAUAAUAUCUUUGGCAAUCGAUAAUAAUAUUUUUUCCACUGCAAAUAAAAGUCAAAACCAAAAAAUACCUGAUACGACAAAUAGUUUUAAAACACUAGAAGACACCAAUUUACCCAUAAUUAAAUGCACCAAGUUUAAUCUCGAAAACAUCUAUAAAUUGAUAGGGAUAACGUCUACUAUAAAGUUUACAAUAAUUAUAGAAACAAAUGAAGAUACCGUAAAUGAAAGUUCCCUAUCAUCUGAUAAUUCGUUCAUACCACGUCAUUUGUUAAAGACUAUUGAUAAUUCUGAUUUAUUACGUAGAACAUUGGAAUGCCCUAUUUGUACCGAAUAUAUGGUCAGUCCGAUUUUCCUUUGUGAAAGGGGACAUCACAUUUGUAGUAAUUGUAAAAUAUUGAAUAAUUGCCCUUCUUGCCAAGGGGUUAUUAAGGAUGCUAGAAACUUCGCAUUGGAGGAUUUGGCUGAAAACGUUAGUCUUUGUUGUGUUUUCAAAGAAAAAGGUUGUAGAUACCGUGGAAAUAUAUUGAAUAUUUCUGAACACGAAAAAAAUUGUAAUUAUUCUGAAACUAAUACAAAUUAAAUCAUUUUUUUUUACCUAACUUGGUUUUCCUUAUAAUUUUAAUAAAAUGUUUACUUUCAUUUUUGUUUUUUUAACUAACUUGGUUUUCCUUAUAAUUUUAAUAAAAUGUUUACUUUCAUUUUUGUUUUUUUUUAAUAGUUUGAUACACUACAAGUCAAAACAACAAACAAAAACAAUAUGCAUCGAUUUUGGUAUUUAUAUUUUAAAGAACAUAUAAUAAUUUGAAAAUUCCAGUGUUGACAGAUAUAUUUUUAAUUUUUCCGUCUACGACCUUUGCAAAAAUUGUGAAUUGAUUGAUUCGUUCCAUAAAAAGUAGGACUGAACUGUAUUAUAUGGUGCUAAUAUAUUUAAAGACACAUUUUAAUUUAAUUAUAAAAUGAAGGGAAUAAAUAUUACAACGUUUGAGUAGCCAUGUCUGACGACUGUUGACGCAAAUUGUAGGUGGCGACGUCUAUUAGGAUUUAAAUUUAAUUUACGCUACUAAACAAUCAUAAAAAAAAAGAAACCUAUACUUAAUAUGAAGAAGAGUAGAGAUGCUGAACUGUUGGUUUCAUAACGUAUUAAGAGAGUGCAUUAAGAGCAUCAUGUUAUGAGACAUGUAAUGACACGACUUUAGUAAUAAUUAUAAUAAUUUAAAAGUUUUUAAAAUUCUUUUCAGAAGGAAGUGUUGAAUACGAUUUUGAGGUAUACUGAGCGAAAUGUAUCUAAUACUGGACAUAUAAAGUAUAAAGAAGUAUGAAGUUGAAGAUAUAUCCCAAAUUACAUACAUUGAAAAUCUACAUUUAGUUAAUAAAAAUAUAAACUUAUAUUUUCCAUAUUCAUUUGGAACUUUCCAAAAUAAUUAGAAAAUAAUGCUUGCAUCCGGAAUAAUAGUAAUUAUUCUUAUUUUUGGAAUAUACUUGAUCAAACAAUCGUCAAAAACUAAUCCAGAGAAAAUUUUAAACGUAUACGCUCAGAAAGGGAAAUGGUACUCGUUGAAAUAUUGUUUUAUGGUUUCCUUAUUAUUUUUGAGAAGAUUGAAAUGUUAUAUCUAUGGUAAAAAUCACGUAUAUAAAAUAGAAAUUUUAGACAGAUUGCAACAGUUAUCAUACCAUGACCAAGCGUUUGACGCCGUAUUUUUCCACGCCGUAUCACAAAAUGGAAUAUAUUUUUGUGGUGGAACCGAACGUAGACAAAAAGGCAAAAUAGUUGGUUUAGUCUAUAUAGUGCAUCCAGAUUAUGGGGUUUUAGAAAGUGAGGAAUUACCUGAUACUAAUUUAGAUGCCUCGGUGAUUUCUCUAUAUAAACAAGAUCGUUAUUCCGGUGGAGGAAUUUGUAUUACUCCACUAAAACCUAUGAAAAAAUGGAAAAUCACGUAUAAGGGAUUGAUGAAGCAACACUUGAACCCCCAUAAUCGAUUUCGUGUCGAUUUAGAUCUCGAUUGGACAAGUGAUUACCAAUGGUUCUUUUUUGAAGUCGAUGUACCUAUAUCGGUGAUAGCAAGAGCUAUCGCUAGAGAAGAAUGGUCACCAAAGCUAUUCCAAAAUUUAAAAGAUGCUCAUCAGAAACAUUAUGAACAAAUGGGUUACGUUAACGGAACCCUUCAAAUUGACGCAGUUUCUUUUCCAUUUGUUAAUGUAGAUGCUUUUAGAGACCACAGUUUUGGCUUCAAAAGAGAUUGGUCCUUAAUGCACCGUUACAUAUAUUCUAUGUUUUAUCUUACAGAUAAAACUAAGAUAGCGUUAGGUGUCGUUAGUCAACCGUGUACCACGUCUCAUUUAGAAAUGGGCUUUGUUAACCACGUUAAUGGUAAAUUAGAUCCUAUUGAUAACAUCGAUUUGUUUUUGCCGGAGCACGCCGAAAAUGGAGUACUUCCGAAGGUACUGAAUUUCACUUUCGACGCACAGGGUGUGUCGUACGACGUCCGUAUGGAAUUUUUGUAUGAUACCGUUCAUUAUAAGGGAAGUGAUCGAGAAGCUGUGAUGAAUGAAAGAUUUCACAAAUGUAUUAUUAAUGGCGUACCGGGGAGAGGUAUAUCCGAAUGGCAUUAUAAUAAAAAUAUAUUGGGAGUUGACGAUGAAAAAAUCUAACAAAUUUUUUAUAUUAAAAUUCUGUAAAUCUUUUUUUUUUAUUCGCAAGGUAUUAAAGGUGGUAAGAUAUAAUAAACAAAUAAUUACAUUUAUUCAUAUAAUACAAACAUUUGAUAAUUAUUAUAUUGACUAUAUUAGUAGCUCUUUGAAUUUCUCUCGAUCGCUAACUUUAGUAGUAGUGUUGCCGUAUAUUUCCCUAAAAAAUAAAUAACGUAUAUUUUUCAAAUCAAACAAUACCCAAUUAGUACGUUAAAAUAGUUUAUGGGAUCAAAAUGUAAUUGCAAACAAGACAAUUUCAAUAGAAUCUGGAAUUUUC